AUGUCCAUUGAAGGCAACAGCCCGUCUAUCAUGGAACGGCGGGAGGUCAGCAUCACAACUUUGCUGGAUUCCAAGGGUCGAGCUCAAGCAGGGACCGAUAUCACACUGGCUCCCCUUGCAUGCUGGAAGCAUAAGAAGAAGGAGCAUUCCGUUUCGAACAAUCGCGCUGUGUCUGUAGAUGCGCUUAUGUCAUCAGUUCCUGCCGGAGCCGGCUCGUUCACAAAGAGAGCAGAUGGAGCCAGCAGCAUUGACUUGCCUGUUCGGGAGACCGGAGAAAGCAAAUGCACCAAAUCCUGGGUAUUACAUCCGGGUGGGAUUCGUCGGACGAUCUGGAACAUGGCAGUCGCACUGGGCGUCCUGCAUGAUCUGAUCUUCGUCCCGAUGUACGUCUUUAAUCUACCUAGCACUCCGUUCUUCAAAAUUAUGGAGUGGAUCACACAGAUAUUCUGGAAUUGUGACAUGCUCGUCUCGCUUUUCACGGGCUACUACGACGAGGGUGUUCUCGUCUUGGAGCUCAGAAAGGCAUUCUUGCACUACGCAAAAACAUGGAUGUGCUUCGAUUUAUGCCUGAUUACCAUGGAUUGGGCCAUAGUUUGGCUUGAUACUCUGGGCUCAGAGCAGGAAGAUUUCAUACAGUGGUCCCGCACAAUAAGUAUGCUCCGCUUCCUGCGCCUAAUUCGCAUGCUGCGAUGGGUAAAGCUACGCAGGGUGAACGAAGUGUUUCAGGAGCUUCUUCAUACACAAGCUGCGAGCUUGUACUAUAGCCUCAUUGGUAGCAUUGCGCGCUUGCUCAUUUUAAACCAUCUGGUGGCUUGCUGUUGGUAUGCAGUUGGCGAUCUCGGUGGUGCAACAGGCUGGGUUGCAACCAACAGUGGAAUGGCGAGCGAAGGCGUCUUCCACAAGUACCUGGUGUGCAUGAACUGGGCAUUUGCGCAACUAAGCGUGGGCUCCAGCGAGCUCACACCUUCGAACACCUUGGAGUUCGCUUUCUGUGUGAUCGUGGCUUUCAGAUCUUUACUCACAUAUUCCACACUCAUCAGCACGAUGACCUCGUUGCUGAGUGGUCUGAGCAAGAUCAAGGAAGACGAGACAAGUGAGUUUCGGAUGCUAAGAAGCUACCUUGUCCAUCAUGACAUCGGAAAGGAGUUGCAACAGAAGGUGACACGCUUCCUUCAACAUCAGUAUGGCUUGAGGCAGCAAGCAAAAUCUGCCGAUGCCCAAGUUCCCUUACUACAGAUGCUCUCAGUUCGUCUCCAGGGAGAGCUCAGCUUCGCGAAAUACCGGAAAGCUCUCGGUAGACUGGCCUUUGUGGAUGAGCUCUUGGUUAUGAACGACUUGGUACUAAUGCAGGUACUUCACAAGCUGGCUACGAAGGCAGUUCGGGACGUUGCUGCGGCAGGCAAGGAUGUGAUCUUCCUUGCCGGCGACACAGCCACGGCAGCCGUCUUCAAAGUCAGUGGCGAAGUGACCUAUUUCUUCGGACACGAAAAAAGCGCCGUGAGCAACUCGACAUGGAUAGCAGAGCAUUGUUUGUGGACACCUUGGGUACAUUUGGGAGACUUGGUCUCUGAAGACUUCAGCCGCCUGGUGGUGAUUCACGUGCAAGAGUUCUGUAACAUUCUCAGCGAGAAUACGAGAGCCCACAGUGCAGCUGUGAUCCAUGCGAGAGAUUUCAUCUCCGCGAUGCGCAGCCGUCCGCAGUGGACGGAUAUCCUUCCGCAGAAGGACAUAUGUUGA